AUGAGUUCUUCAUCAAGCUCUCGUGAACCUUCACCAUCUAUGAAACAAACUUUACCAAACAAUUAUGGAGCACUUAUUGAAUAUUUCUUACGAGCUGCACAAUGGCAAAGAGCAGUCUCACCAAGGUUAGGUGUUCCACCAGCUCAUGUCAAAAAUAGCAUUUGGUCAAGUCCUUAUAUAAAAUAUGGUCUCCCACUAGGUUUGCUAGCUACAGCAGGAGCAGUUAUGAUGUUGAAAAGAAAUAAAGCAAAUGUUGUAAAUAAUACUGAAGUAGCUGAAGUUAAACAAACUCCAACACCUUCGCCAAAACCAACGCCUUCACAAGCAAAACCUUAA